AUGAAGAGAAAAACUAAGGAUAUUCAAUAUAAAAUUAAUAAGAACGCAUUAAAAGAAACAAGACUACAAUACGCUUAUGAUUCAAAUGGAAAAAAAAUGUUUCAUGGUGCUUUUGAGGGAGGGAAUGUCAAGGAAAUAGAUAAGAUUGAAACUGAACAAUUUGAACCAAUGGGAUUUACAUACUUUCAGGGUGGAAAAGGAAAAAAGAUUGAACUUGGAAUUGAAGAUAUUGUUGAUGAUGAAGAUGGGAUUGACUUUAAACAAAAGGAAAAAGAGAUUGAAAAAUUGAUAAAAUCAGGAAUGAGUUUUGUUGAAGCACAAAAAUUUUUGAAAGACAUCCAAUGGGAUGGAAAAGAAAGUAUUAUUGUUAAACGAAAAGGCAAAGAUUAUGAAGUGACAUUUGGAAGAGAAGAUGAACAAGACAAAAUAAUAGAAACAGAAAAUAGUCAGCUUUUGAUUAAUGAAGUACUUGGUAAAGGGUCAGAUGAAAUUAAAAGAAAUGAAGAAGAGAUUAAAAAGAGAUUAAAAGACAUUUCAAUUAAAAGAGAAUUUGAAGAUGGAAAAAAACAAAAACGGUAUGAACUUUAUCUUGAAGAAAUUGCAAACAAAAAUGCUGAUUUAAGCAGAUUUACUGAUCAAGAAAGAAAAGAAUUUUCUGGAACAGCAAUUGGAAGAUUGUGUAUUGGAAAAGAUGACCAGAGUCAUCUCAAUUGGUUAAAUAAGUUUAUUUCAUCAACACAACUCCAGAAUAAACAACAAGAAGAAAAGAUUGAGAAAAAAGAUAAUAAAAUUGAAAGAAUAAUUCAAAGCAUUGAAGUCCCAAUUCUUGUUAAAGAAAGGUUCAACAUAUAG